ACGCCACAGGGUCUACUCCCGUUCUCUUAUCCGACCGACAUCCAUCGGAAACAAAUUUAUGUGGUCUGUGUUCGCAUCAUGUCAUGCGUGAAAACGUAAUAUUAUAAGUAUAUUUAAGUAAUUUGGUCGAGUAUAGUCCUAUUUGAGAGUGUAAUUAUUUGAAUUGUUUCGGACGGAUGUCGGACGGAGAACGGGAGUAGACCCCCAGGUUUGAGUUCAAAGUUCUGUACGACUUUUUAGCCUUGGACAUAAAACUACAUUUCGUACAUUUUAUCAGAGCUCUUUAGUAGAGUGCACAACUCAUCCACAAAACAAGUCAAGUCCGAAGGUUGAUCAACUUAAACUUAGAAUGUUUCCCUUAAGACGAGCAGUGUAUAGUGCCAGAUGCAUUCUUCCAAAUGUCCGCUACAUGUCGGGUCAAGGCCCCCUGGUCGACUUAACAGUAGACAAUGGAGGCAUAGCCACUCUGACAAUGCAGCGGCCACCAGUCAACAGCCUCAAUCUCGACCUGUUGCAGCAGAUGAGCAAGGCUCUUGAUGAUGUUGGCAAGAACAAGGCUAGAGCAAUGAUUUUGACAUCAUCAUCCCCAACAGUAUUCUCAGCUGGUCUAGACAUCAUGGAGAUGUAUAAACCGGACAUGCAGAGGGUUGAGCAGUUUUGGACCACUCUACAGGAAGUGUGGAUUAAGCUUUUUGGUUCAAAAUUCAUCACUGCUGCAGCUAUCAAUGGUCAUUCACCGGCAGGAGGUUGUUUGCUCGCGAUGUCCUGUGAAUACCGUGCCAUGGUCAAUGGUAAAUAUACCAUUGGCUUGAACGAGACUGCACUGGGCAUGGUUGCACCUACUUGGUUUAUGGACACUUUUAGAAAUACCAUAUCAGACAGGGAGUCAGAGAUUGCUCUUACUACAGCCAAGUUGUUUACAGUUGAUGAAGCUUUGAAGGUCGGUUUAAUUGACGUAACGGCCACCGACAAAGCAGACGCUGUAGAGAAAUGCAAAGAGUUUAUAAAGAAAUUCGACAGAAUACCGCCAUUUGCACGAGCAACAACAAAGCUUGUCUUAAGGGAGGUCCCACUAAAAAGAUUGAUAGAAAACAGGAAACAAGAUGUCGAGACCUUUUUAGGAUUUGUUAAAGACCCUAAAACACAGCAGGCUAUAGGAAUGUAUGUAGAGAGCUUAAAGAAAAAGGCAGGUCAAGAAAAAUAAUCAAUUGUAUGUGUAACAAAAACGUAUACUACUGUUUUUGACACUAGACUGCCUCUGAAACUUGAAAUAAUAACCACUAUCCAAGAUUAUCUAAGUCGUACUAUGUAUGUAAAUAAUAUCGUAUAAGAAAAGACACCAAUUAUAUACC